GGCCGCCCCCCUGGCAGCUUCUCCUCCUCCUCCUCCUCCUCCUCCCCUGGCCCAUCUGGCCAGCGCGCUCCGGCGGGCGAGGACUUGCAGCGGCACGUCGGGAGCGAUGGACUCGGAUUCCGGCGAGCUCAGCGACGGCGAUGUGGCCCCGGCGGCGGGUCCUGACAGUUUUAGUUCAAGGGAGCCUUGCACUGCAAGCCUUGGUGAAGAAGAUCUUGGAGCAAAGAUGGCGACCAAUUUCAAGACCAUGGGCUUAACAUGCUGAUCGGCGACAAUUCAGCAGAGCAGAUCUUUGUGAGCUGUUCAAGAAGUGGCCGAGCGGUUAACCUGAAGAGCAAGAAGGAGGCCCACAAGAUCAUGAAGGACUUGAUCAAGGUUGCCAUCAAAAUCGCGAUCCUCUACCGCAACAACCAAUUCAACCACGAAGAGCUGGAGAUCGUCGAGAGGUUCCGCAAGAAGCUGAACCAAGCGGCCAUGACCAUCGUCAGCUUUGGCUAUGAUUGGAGUACACCCGCCGACAAAAUGUACAGCCAGAGCUCCUGCAUCGAAUGCAAAGAUUUCGUUACCGAACUGGUGGAAGGCACCCCAAUGACGGUUGCAGGUCUCGCAGCUUUCCCAGUCAACAACGUCUUCAACCAUUUUGCAGACGUGGAGUUCCUCACCACCCUUUAUAGCCUCGAUGGGGAGUGCCGCCCCCACCUCAAGAAGGUCUGUGAUGGCAUCAACAAACUACUUGACGAGAAAAUCCUUUGAAACUUGGCCUUUUUGCAACGCGUCGGAGAGACUUGAGAGGUGCCAACUGAGAAGGUGAGUCGGAUACGGAAGAACAGACAUCCUUCCUGGAUCACAAGACGGAGCAGCUCUAAGUCUGGAUUGCUUAACGUUCCGUUUGUGAAUGGAAAACGAGACAGAGACCAGUUGCACACAGUACUUGUGCCCACAAAUAGCUUUUUAGGACGCAGGGCGUUUUGUUAUGCAAAAUCGUAAUGUACCAUAGCCUCAUUACUGCCAUUCUGUGGUUUGUGUUUGAUGCCUCUUCCCAAUCUCCCACCCCAAAGCCUGACACCCACGUUAAAGGUUAAAGGCCCUGGAGAAGAAUUAAUCCAUAGAGUUUUGAUGAAGAGCGGGUUCCUGAAUGUCCUCAAAAUAGCAGAUCUUCUGUUGUGCACGUAAGCCAAGAUUUUGUAGGCCAGACACAACAGAAGCACGACACAACUGCUUUUGAAGGCUUUGUUUUCUAAGGAGAGCAGGGAACACUCAAACGUAAGCUACUGAUAACAGCUUUGCUUUCUGAUCUUUCCACAUUGCUCAGCCUAUUCGCUAUCACCAGUUCUAGCCCCCAUGUCAACCAGAGUUUAUCUCGGAGACUGGACAGGAGUAUUGGAGAUUCAGCCCCUGGAAUAGCUCUCACUGAAAGCUACGUUGCUUCUCUACCACAGCCCCACGUGCGCCACGAAAUGGUCAGUUUCCACGUGGGGAAAUAUUUCCCAUCCUUAAAUCCUAUGUGCUAUCCUAGAAUAAAUUUGUGUAACCAGAACAAAAAAAAUCAAGAUGGAGCUCGAAAGUAAAGAAAGCAGUUAUGGUUUGCUUACGGAUCAGAGUGUAGAGAAGGUGAAGCGGCAGCCAGAUCAAGAUCUAAAUUUCCUCGUUCCAGGGUAACAUUGAAGCAUGCAUUUGGAGUUAUGGUUAAUGUCAGCCUAGGGUGGGAGCGAUGGUCAGAUCCCCUGUUGUAUGGCGUGAUUGAGCCCA